UAAGUAGGUAGAAUAACCGAAGAUCGCGAAUUAUAAUAAAUUGGUGAUAGCGACUUACCCUUGCCACAGUCUUAAGUACGAUGAUCACAAUUACAAACACAGAACCAGUUUGUUGCGUUUGUUUGAGCAGCUGCGUGACCUUGGUGAAUAUUACUAAAGAGAGGCAGCUGUCUGCGAAGGAACCUCGUCUGGUGGAUAUGAUAAGCGAGUGCUUCAACUUCAAAGUAUAUGACAAUGAUAUACACCCCAAGAACUUAUGUGAAUGCUGUAUUUCAGAUCUGCGAGCAGCCUAUCGAUUCAAGAGAAAUUACGAGCAGAAUAUUAAGUUGAAAGAGAAAGAACUCGACGACUUUAUUGAAAGUCUUGCAACAGAGGAUUGGGAACUUGUCAGCAAUGUGGUUAAGAAAGAGCUGGAAGACAUUUCUGAUGAGAAUAUUGCCCAAGAGAUCGAGCCACAAGAUGAAUCAAACAGCGAAAAUAUUGAUGCUGAAGUUGCAGCACGGAUGCAUUACGGAGGAACUGUCAAGAAAAAUAAGUCGCACACCUGUGUUUACUGUGGCAAAGUAUUUAUAAAAAAGCAACACUGGACGAGACACUUACGAGUUCAUACUGGCGAACGACCUUACAAUUGUCCACACUGCCAGAGAGCCUUUUCACAGAUAUCCAGCUUAAAAACACACAUACGUGUUCACACUGGAGAACGCAUAUUUAAGUGUCCACAUUGUCCAAAGGAUUUUACUCGAAAAUACAACCUUACGCUUCACGUUGCCAGGCACGAAUUACGGAAAGAUAUCCAAGCUAUAACUAAACUUAGGUAAACUUAGGUAAAACAUAAACUCGAAACGAGAAACAAUUUAUUUACUAUUUUUAUUUUAAUAUGACCUAUCGUUUGUAAAACAAAUUAAAGAAAAUUCAUUUUAAGUU